GAAAACAAUGGAUAUCUGAUGGUUUCGGCAAAUGGUGGAUUGAAUCAAAUGCGAGCUGGUAUUUGUGACAUGGUUGCCAUUGCAAGAUAUUUGAAUGUCACGCUUGUUGUUCCCGAAUUGGACAAUACCUCCAUUUGGCAUGACAGGAGUGAAUUCCAAGAUAUAUUUGAUGUGAAUUAUUUUAUUACAUCUUUGAGAAAUGAGGUUCGGAUAUUGAGACGGGUGCCUGAUGAGCAGAAGAGAAGAAUGAAGAACGCUACCAUCUAUUCCAUGGAAUCCAGCAGAUGGUCCAACAUGGACUAUUAUUACUACAAGAUUCUUCCCCUGAUAAAAGAGCACCAAGUGUUGCAUUUCACUAAGACUGAUUAUAGGCUUGCAAAUAAUGGGAUUCCUGAAGAGCUUCAGAAGCUGCGGUGCCGAGCAAACUAUGAAGCUCUGAGAUUCACCACCCCUAUAGAGGAAAUAGGGAAGAAGAUUGUCAAGAUUCUGAGGCAAAACGGUCCUUACUUGGCUCUUCACCUCAGAUAUGAAAUUGAUAUGUUAGCAUUCACUGGCUGCAAUGAAGGUUGCAAUAAGACAGAAGUUGAUGAACUCACAAAACUGAGAUAUGACACCCCAUGGUGGGUACAAAAAGCAAUAAAUUCUAUAAAGAAAAGAAAAGACGGUCGUUGCCCUUUAACCCCCGAGGAAACUGCACUUGCAUUGAGGGCAUUGGAUAUUGAUCCUAGUAUCCAAAUUUAUGUUGCUGCUGGAAAUAUAUAUGGGGGAGAGAGAAGAAUGGCUCCCCUCAAAGCAGCUUUUCCAAAUCUGAUUAAAAAGGAAACAUUGCUGACAACCUCAGACCUUAAGCCCUUCCUGAAACAUUCAAACAUGAUGGCUGCAUUGGAUUACAUUGUAUCAUUACGAAGUGACAUUUUUGUGGCAACAUAUGGAGGAAACAUGGCAAGGGUUGUUGAGGGCCAUCGACGAUAUUUGGGGUUCAAGAUGACAAUCAAUCUAGACAGAUGGCUUCUAGUGUAUCUGAUAGAUCAUUACAGAAAUGGGUCACUUAGCUGGGAUGAAUUCUCCCAAGAAGUGAAGACAGGCCAUGCUGAUAGCAUGGGCAGCCCCACUCGAAGGACAGAGGUUCCUGCGAGACCCAUGCAAGAAGAUUAUUUCUAUAGUAAUCCACAGGAAUGUUUGCCAGCAAUUGCUAAAAAUUCAGAGAGGACAUAA